AUGACUCAGCCCGAUGAAGAUGCCAUUUCCUCCGCAUUAACCGCCAUCAAGAACGGCACGUCCCAGCGAAAGGCGGCACAGCGCUGGGGUGUUUCGCGCACGACUCUCCAGAAGCGUCUGAAGGGCAGCCAGUCAAGAUGCGAGGCAUAUGAAAGCCUUCAACGACUCUCGAAAGAGCAGGAACUUCUUCUCGCUCAAUGGGUUCAAGUUCAAGAUCAGCUCGGGCUUCCCCCGACACAUGACCAGAUCAAGGAGUUUGCCUCAAGGGUCGUCAGGGCUGGCGGCGACAGUCAACCCCUUGGAAAGCGAUGGGUGGAUGGCUUUCUUCGACGACACCCUGAAGCCAGGACUGCCAAAGGGAAGACUACAGAUUCACGCCGACUGAAUGG